UACGGGCAUUGUCAAAAUGGCCGCGUCCAUGAACAGGCUUGCUGUGACAUUGUGCAGAUAUGCUCAGAGAAAACUCUACUACCACAAACUGGGACCUGAUCCCAGACUCACAAUGGCCAGAAGCAUAUCCCACUGUCCCACCGAACCAGAUGGUGCUAAACAUCUAUUAGAACAGAGAUUAUCCUAUCAGUUGACAUGCUUGGUAAAGCUAACACGACAGCUGUCUGGGACUUGUUGCUGUCAGGCCAAGAAGGCAUCUGUACCUCAAGCUGACCUCAAAGUAGACAGUGAGGUCAUGGUGUUUGACAUGACAGGGAUGCUUAUUGGUAAGAUGUCAAUAUCGCAAGCCGAGGAGAUGGCAAACAAAGAGAGUCUGAAGCUUGUAGACAUGGGACCCAAUCAGGACAAAGUCCAGUGUUUUAAACUGAUGACAGGGAAGGAGCUGCAUAAAGAAUCCAUGAAAACCAAGUCUGUAAAAUCAGGCCGGACAGAUGAAAAGGAGUUUGUUAUAACAGUAAAGAUAACUGAUCACGACCUGGGUAUCAAACUGAAACAUGUGCAGGAGACGUUGCAGAAAGGCAGGCAUGUGAAGAUCACUCUGAAAGAGAAGGGUAGAAUGGAAGAGGCUGAGGUGAAUCGCCUGCAGAGUCAGCUCCUGAGGAAGAUAUCUGAUAGUGUGAACGAGAUUGCUAUUGUCAAAAAUGCUGUCAGAACAUCAAAGUUUUGCAAGGUUUCAAUCAUUCCCAAGGAGGAUGCAAAACAAGAUGUCUGAUUCUGAUCGAAUCAUGUAAAAUAUGACUUGAAGAAGAGGAUACAGCCAUGUUUAUGAUGAGGACAGUUGCUAAUGCUACUAAUCUUCAAUGGGAAGUUGGGUAGCCUGGUGCUUUAAACAUUUGUAUGUUAUGUUUAAAAGUGGGAUCUUUUCCCAAAAAUAUCGGCGUUCCCUGUCGUUUGAAAUACUACCAAGGGUGAAGCAGGACUAUACUUGUUCACUCACUGCCAUGUUAUAUUUUAAAGUAUAUAUAUUAGAAGCCAAAUAUAAUAUGACUAAUACAGACUAAAUCUUUAUAAAAUCUGUUUACAUGCAUACAUCAUCAAUGUAACAUGUUUCAGUACUGUUUGAUGAGUAUUGUGCAUACAAAGCCAGUGAAGCAGUGAUGGAAAUACUUUGGAUAUAGCAAACCGAUGAAGUAGUGAUGAAAGAAAUCACAAUACCAAUAAAGCCUGAUAAAUCCAGCUCAUGUGGUUCAGUCAAUCCAUGCCAACAAGGCUGUAGAUCAUGGGAGUGUAUUGUGCUCUUGUCAGCUGUACAAAGUCAACAUUUGCCAUCACUUGUAUGGAACUAUGGAAGAAAGUAGCACACAGAUCUCUUACUGGUAUAAUGGUUCAUAUGUCUAUACAUCUCUCUUUAAUGCCUUAAGAGUAGCGUGUGAUCAUGUUGUGUUGAUUUACUUUGAAAUUUUUAAUAGUUGGGUUUAACCCAAAUUUUGUAUGUCACAAUUGUGUAGAUCGAUGCUAAUACUGUUGAUCACUGGAUUGUCUGGUUCAGACUUGAUUAUUUACAGACCGCCACCAUAUACUAGUAGCUGGAAUAUUGCAGAGUUUGGCGUUAAACAACAAACCAACAAACAAUCAAAUUGAAUGAAUAAUUUUGUUUUGAUGUUUUCAGCAUUGACCCCUCAAAGUAUAUCUAUAUUGAAAGGAAAGUAACUCUAGAAGAUAAAGAAAACAAUUUGAGAAUGUUUGUCCUGUCUACCUAACUAACCAAUAUUAUUUGGAGAUGACAACCAGAAUAAAGUAGCUUUUCCUAUGUUAUAUAGAUUUUUAUGCUUUAAAAAGUUAGUCCAGGAGGACAAAAGAACCUCUUUGCUUCUAUAUUAUAAGCUUGUACCUGCUGUGCUAUGUUAGAGAUGUGCUAUGUUUAUCCAUGCUGACGCAAUGAAUAUCUUGCAUUAAAAGUUGUAUAUGCAGCAUAAUUCUUUCCCUUCAUACUUUUUUAAAAAAGAAAUUUAUUUUUCAUGUUGGAAGCUGUUUACAGAAAAGGGAAAUUCAAGGUGCUAUUUUCUGAAGGAGCAGUUAAUAAUACUGGAUAGAAUCCUCAAUUCUGUAAGCAAGUUACCUUCAGACAUUUCAAACCCAAAGGAACUUGACUUCUUUGUAAAAGUGUUGACAUUUUGAAAGAGAAAUACAUGUUUCAUAAUGUUGUGGCACAUCUUCUUCACUUCUCCCUCUCCAAAUUGAAAGAAAUAAAUUUGUAUCAACACCAA